AUGCGUUUCUCAAACACACUACUUCCCUUGAUCACCCUCGCCUUGCGAGUCGCUGCGAUUGAUCUUCAACAAGGCAUCCCGCUAAAAAGUGUUUCUCACCCCGCAAAUGUAUAUAUCCCAUCCGAAGUGGUGGAGGCCACUGAAGCAAAUGCUAUCGUCCCUGCUGCACAUUAUGCCUCGACACCUAAUGAUGACAGUAAUGGUAAUGCACAGAAAUCAGUGUCUCUCCGUUGCCUGGAGGAGGCGAGACAAGAGGUGCUGGCACAUACUACGCUACAACAGAUGCCUCAUGGAGCGAAGGUGCAGGUGUUUGUAGAAAGCCUUGUAUUUGCAAAGAACAAGUUGCAGAAUUAUGUCAAGGGGACAAUGUCUAAGUGUGCUGUCGCUGGAGCUGUCGCCGGCUUGAUCAUUCUGAUACGUCAGAAUGAUCUUAAGAAUGAUCUCGAAAUUGAGCAGUGCGAGCAUUUGCAGAUAGACGCUUGUAGCAACCCAUCGACAACGAUUCUCAACUUAGGACAAGCAUCUUUCACCCGUUACUUCCAAAGCUCCUGGAGGACAUGUAAAGAGGGAUACUGCGAGAAUGUCAUAUCGCCGUCGUCUUGA